GAGAAAAGUCGUGGCGAUUCCUUGCCUUAUGUGAUGCCUUACGGGUCUUCAGGUGACUCUCACACUCAUGAAGAUGUACUCUUGCAAAUGGGUGGACAACCCGUGCAGAGCUCACACCCGCCCCAAACUGGUGUUCCCGUAGGAGUACAAUCACAUUAUCACCAAUUAGGUGGUGACCAUCAUAUGCACCACACGCACCAUCAUAUGGCACCGCCGACCGGCCCUAAUGGCACUCAAACUCAAUCCAGUGCUUCGGAUACACAAUAUUUCCCACCGUUUUGUGAUACACAAAGAGGCACACUGUAUGGUUCGGAUGCAUCGAGUUAUUACUUAGACUCGGGUGACUGGAACGGACAGUCGAAUUACCACGCAUUCGGUCCGCCGCAGCCGCAAACGCCACAACCAGUACAGGCAUCUCCCGUCUCGUCGGUGUCGAGCGGAGGCGUGGGUACAGUUCCGACUCAUCCGACUCAGGCAUAUCUUCACGACAAUAUAUACGAAAACAGUCCAAUUAUCUCAAGUCUUCCUCCAAUGUCCUCAUUUCGCGCUCAAACGGGCCAAUCAGUAGCGCACCCGACAGUCUCGCCCUCAUCAGUGUUCGUGUCGCCGACCGGCACCGCCACCAGUGGGUCACCCAGUCUUACCACUCAGUCCGCCUCCGGUGAGGCGAUCGGUAAGGCAUUGGCAAGCAUUUACUCAAGUGGUUCGGGUGUCGCCAACGCUGACCACACGCCCAGCAGCUAUUCCGGAUCGGCCUCUUCGACGCCUGUCUCCUCUCCUCAGACAUGGCCCGCAAGACUGACCACAACCACCACUACUGCUUCAUUUGCCAAUACCACUGAUGCAACUGACGCUCAUUUGCAUACUUUGCAAUCGGCCCAUAUUGACGACCAGUUCGAAGAUGCCAUUCAUUUAUUGAGAGAUCACACGGAGCACUCGAGGGGUGUUAUGGGUGAACGUCUUGACGAUGCCAUUGAUAUACUACGCAAUCACGCGGAGGGAGCGCCCAAUUAUCUCACUUCAAAUCUAACUCAACUCGAGAGUCAUGUGCCAAGUCCUUCAAGUCUAGAAACAGGUCGCAGUGGAGUCACUGUUAACGUGAACGCCAGUCAAUUGAGGUGCGAUUCAGCGCCGCCUCCAUCGGGCGCCACAACCAGUAAGAAAGGCAAGGGAUCGACGCCUAACGCCAACGGCAGUAACAACGCUAACAGUCACGGGAAGGGUUCCAAGCGGUCCCGAUCUCGAUACAGUAGUUCUGGCGACGAAGACGACCCGCCGGAGAUCAAAGUCGAGCGCGAGAAAGAGCGCCGACAGGCCAACAAUGCUAGGGAACGAAUUCGUGUCCGCGAUAUAAACGAGGCGUUCAAAGAAUUGGGGCGAAUGGUUGUCAUUCAUCUGAAGUGCGAUAAAGCGCAGACCAAACUCAAUAUUCUUCAUCAAGCGGUCGAUGUAAUCACUAGUUUAGAGCAACAAGUUAGAGAGAGAAACCUGAACCCGAAGACGGCGUGUCUGAAGCGACGAGAAGAAGAGAAGUCGGAGGAGGCGUCGGGCGGAGGGGCGCCGAAGUUUGUCCAUCACAUGAACGCAAAUCAAACGAGUCCUAACAUAAACGCCAUAUCUAUAGACCCGAUGAGAAUAUCAACAAUUGUAUGAUUUGUUGCCUUACUGUUAGUUGUGUGGAGACAAUGCUAACCGUUUGCCUGUGCUGUCUGUCCCUCUAUCCCAUCAUAUAGGGUCCAUCCAUCACAUCUUCGAGUCAGACACAAUAAUAUUAAACUAAUUUGUAAAAUAAGAAUCGAUAAAAAGCAUAUUCAUUAUUAUUAUUAUUAAUUCAUAAACAAAAACCCAAUCCAAUGGUCGCCAAACUUGAAACCACAGUCCCUAACACUCGUACGGAUUAAUGUUAUAGUGAAUCCAUGUGUGAGUUGUGUCAAUAGGUGUCUGCGGUUUACAUCUCAAUCAUUGGUUCUAAUUGUUGAACUGAAAAACCGAUACAAGAAUUGAUAUUUAAAUUGAAUCGAUUGGAAAAACAUUUUCAAUGACAAAACAUAAUGCAAACUAAUUGGAAGACCGUUUGGCCAAACGUUUCAUUUAAUAUUAAAUCAUCGAAUAAUUAUUAAUUCUUUAUUAUUAUUAUUAAUUAUAAGUUAAUCCGCUCUCUAUUUCUCAGUCUCUGUUUCACUUGUUUUUAUUAUUAAUUUAAUUAAU